GACAGAGCGGUCCCGUCGCGGCUUGUCAAUCCCGCCGCCGGAGGGAGGCCGCCCGGCUAGGCGCCCGCUAGCCUCUGCAGCGACGCGUACCGGAAAGAGAGAAACCAAGGCGGUAGGUCCGGGGAUCCCGCAGGCGGAGCACGGGGGCGCCCGGAACUCCGAAGGACGGCAGGAGCAGCGGAAGUAUUUUCUACCCGAUUUGCUGAGUAUAGCUCAUCUACCCCAGCCCAGUCCCACGGCUCUGCAGCCAGCAGUGUGGAAAAUGGCGGUGAGCCACUCAAUGAAGGAGCGGACCAUCUCUGAGAACAGCCUGAUCAUCCUGCUACAAGGCCUCCAGGGCCAGGUAACCACUGUGGACCUGCGGGAUGAGAGCGUGGCCCAUGGACGCAUAGACAACGUCGAUGCUUUCAUGAACAUCCGCUUGGCCAAGGUCACCUACACGGACCGUUGGGGACAUCAGGCAGAGCUAGAUGACCUCUUUGUAACAGGCCGUAACGUCCGUUACGUCCACAUCCCAGAUGACGUGAACAUCACCAAGACCAUUGAGCAGCAGCUGCAGGUCAUCCAUCGGGUGCGCAACUUUGGCAGCAAGGGGCAAGGCCGGCGGGAGUUUCCUACCAAAAAGUACAAAUGAGCCUGUUCCUUCAGCAAGCCCUGGUCCCCACUCAGGUUCCUUCAAAGUUCUACUGAGCCAACUGCCUGCUAUCCUUCCCUGCCCAGAACCUGGGAAGGGAGCAGGGCCAGGUGUGUGUCUGACAGACAACACCUGUCACAAUUGCCUUUCACAGAGUUCCACCUCCCAGACUCACCCUGGGCCCAGAAUCCUCUUAAUCUGUGGCCUGGGUAUAGCUGACAAUACCCCCUUUUGAUCAUUUGCAUCUGAAUCUCUGAUUUACUAAUUUAGGGAAUCUGUCAAAUCGUUUUCAACCCUUUCCCAUGUGAGGAUUAUUAAAUGUGCAGGGCCUCAGCCAUCCCUCAGUGUCCCCAUUUCUCUUACAAUUGUGUGUUUGUUUUCUCACAAAACUAAACUUGGUUACAC